CCCUGCCGCUCGGGGCAGACGAUGCUGAAGAUGCUCUCCUUUAAGCUGCUGCUUCUGGCCGUGGCUCUGGGCUUCUUUGAAGGAGAUGCUAAGUUUGGGGAAAGAAGUGAAGGGAGCGGAGCGAGGAGGAGAAGGUGCCUAAAUGGGAACCCCCCGAAGCGCCUGAAAAGGAGAGAUAGGCGGAUGAUGUCCCAGCUGGAGCUGCUGAGUGGGGGAGAGAUGCUGUGCGGUGGCUUCUACCCUCGGCUGUCCUGCUGCCUGCGGAGUGACAGCCCAGGGUUGGGGCGCCUGGAUAACAAGGUAUUUUCUGUUACCAACAACACAGAAUGUGGGAAGUUACUGGAGGAAAUCAAAUGUGCACUUUGCUCUCCACAUUCCCAGAGCCUGUUCCACUCACCUGAGAGAGAAGCCUUGGAAAGAGACCUUGCACUUCCCCUGCUCUGCAAAGACUAUUGCAAAGAAUUCUUUUAUACUUGCCGAGGCCAUAUUCCAGGUUUCCUUCAAACUACUGCUGAAGAGUUUUGUUUUUACUAUGCAAGAAAAGAUGGUGGGUUGUGCUUUCCAGAUUUUCCAAGAAAACAAAUCAGAGGACCAGCAUCUAACUACUUGGACCAGAUGGAAGACUAUGACAAAGUGGAAGAGAUCAGCAGAAAGCACAAACACAACUGCUUCUGUAUUCAGGAGGUUGUGAGUGGGCUGCGCCAGCCUGUCGGCGCCCUGCAUAGUGGGGAUGGCUCGCACCGUCUCUUCAUUCUGGAAAAAGAAGGUUACGUGAAGAUACUUACCCCCGAAGGAGAAAUUUUCAAGGAGCCUUAUUUGGACAUUCACAAACUUGUUCAAAGUGGAAUAAAGGGAGGAGAUGAAAGAGGUCUGCUAAGCCUUGCAUUCCAUCCCAAUUACAAGAAAAAUGGAAAGCUGUAUGUGUCUUAUACCACCAACCAAGAACGAUGGGCUAUCGGGCCUCAUGACCACAUUCUUCGAGUUGUGGAAUACACAGUAUCCAGAAAAAAUCCCCAUCAAGUUGAUUUGAGAACAGCCAGAGUAUUUCUUGAAGUCGCAGAACUCCACAGAAAGCAUCUAGGAGGACAGCUGCUCUUUGGCCCUGACGGCUUUUUAUACAUCAUUCUCGGUGAUGGGAUGAUCACACUGGAUGAUAUGGAAGAAAUGGACGGUUUAAGUGAUUUCACAGGGUCGGUGCUCCGGCUGGACGUAGACACGGAUAUGUGCAACGUGCCUUAUUCCAUACCGAGGAGCAACCCGCACUUCAACAGCACCAACCAGCCCCCAGAAGUGUUUGCACACGGCCUGCACGAUCCUGGCAGAUGUGCUGUGGAUCGCCAUCCCACUGAUAUAAACAUCAAUUUAACAAUACUUUGUUCAGACUCCAAUGGAAAGAACAGAUCAUCUGCCAGAAUCCUACAGAUAAUAAAGGGGAAAGAUUAUGAAAGUGAGCCAUCACUUUUGGAAUUCAAGCCAUUCAGUAAUGGUCCCUUGGUUGGUGGAUUUGUUUAUCGGGGCUGCCAGUCAGAAAGACUGUACGGAAGCUAUGUGUUUGGAGACCGUAAUGGGAAUUUCUUAACCCUCCAGCAAAGUCCCGUGAGCAAGCAAUGGCAAGAAAAACCACUCUGUCUGGGCAACAGUGGUUCCUGUAGAGGUUACUUUUCAGGUCACAUAUUGGGAUUUGGAGAAGAUGAAUUAGGUGAAGUUUAUAUCCUAUCAAGUAGUAAAAGUAUGACCCAGACUCACAAUGGAAAACUCUACAAAAUCGUAGAUCCCAAAAGACCUCUAAUGCCUGAGGAAUGCAAAGCCACGGUACAACCUGCGCAGACACUGACUUCAGAGUGUUCCCGGCUCUGUCGGAACGGCUACUGUACCCCAACGGGCAAGUGCUGCUGCACCCCAGGAUGGGAAGGGGACUUCUGCAGAAUUGCAAAAUGCGAGCCAGCAUGUCGUCAUGGAGGUGUCUGUGUUAGACCAAACAAGUGCCUCUGUAAAAAAGGAUAUCUUGGUCCUCAGUGUGAACAAGUGGACAGAAACAUCCGCCGAGUGACCCGGGCAGGUAUUCUUGAUCAGAUCAUUGACAUGACAUCUUAUUUGCUGGAUCUAACAAGUUACAUUGUAUAGUUUCUGGGACUGUUUGAAUAUUCCUUUCCAAUGGGCAUUUAUUUUUUAUCCUGUCAUUAAAAAGAAAGACUGUUAUCCUGCUACACACUUCCUGUGAUUUCAUUUUCU